CACUGAACUUAUCGAUAACAAUUCCAAUACAUAUUGUCUUGCGAAUUUUCUAUUUCUAACAUUCAGCUGAUUAUUGUUUAUUCUGGGAACUCGGAAAAUAAAUUAGAUACAAGGAGCAGCGGAAAAGAUCCACGAACAUGUUUCGAUCUAGCUUCGACAAAAACUUAGAAAAUGCCACAAGCCACUUACGAUUGGAGCCCGACUGGCCCUCAAUUCUUCUUAUUUGCGAUGAAAUCAACCAGAAAGAUGUCACCCCAAAAAAUGCUUUUGCCGCAAUUAAGAAAAAGAUGAAUUCCCCCAACCCACACUCUGCUUGCUAUUCUCUUUUGGUCUUGGAAAGCAUUGUAAAGAACUGUGGAGCUCCAGUGCACGAGGAGGUGUUCACCAAGGAGAACUGCGAGAUGUUCAGCAGCUUCUUGGAGUCCACUCCUCAUGAGAAUGUGCGCCAGAAGAUGCUAGAACUGGUCCAGACAUGGGCCUACGCCUUUCGCUCCUCGGAUAAAUAUCAAGCCAUAAAAGAUACCAUGACCAUUCUGAAGGCGAAGGGUCACACAUUCCCUGAGCUCCGAGAGGCGGAUGCAAUGUUUACGGCUGACACGGCGCCCAACUGGGCAGAUGGAAAAGUUUGCCAUCGCUGUCGGGUAGAGUUUACCUUUACCAAUCGCAAACAUCAUUGCCGAAACUGUGGCCAGGUCUUUUGCGGCCAGUGUACGGCCAAGCAGUGUCCUUUGCCCAAGUAUGGGAUCGAGAAGGAUGUUCGGGUGUGCGACGGUUGCUUUGUGGCCCUCCAACGUCCGAUGAGUGGCACCAAAUCUGGAUCUCGAGUGGCGGACAGUGACCUGCCGGCGGAAUAUUUAAACAGUUCAUUGUCCCAGCAAGUGCAAACCCCGGCCCGAAAAAGCGAGGAAGAACUAAAGGAGGAGGAGGAGCUACAGCUAGCACUAGCCCUUAGCCAGUCUGAAGCUGAGCAGCAAAAGCAGAAGCAACAAUCCUUGACAGCGGCAGCAGCCGCUUACAGAAUGCCGCAGCGUUCACCAAGUCCCGAGGCACCGCCUGCCCCCAAGGAAUAUCAACAAACAAUAGAGGAGACAAGCAAUCCAGAGCUUGCCAAGUAUUUGAACCGUAGCUAUUGGGAGCAACGCAAAAUUAGCGAGUCUUCCUCAAUGGCUAGCCCAUCAGCACCAAGUCCCAUGCCGCCAACCCCACAGCCUCUACAAAGUAUCCCUCUUCAAGCAAAAAGUGCCGAUGAAGUUCAAAUCGACGAUUUUGCUUCUAACAUGCGCACACAGGUGGAAAUUUUUGUAAAUCGAAUGAAAUCGAACUCAAGCCGUGGACGAAGCAUCUCUAAUGACUCCUCAGUCCAGACCCUCUUUAUGACCCUGACAUCUUUGCAUUCGCAGCAGCUAUCGUACAUCAAGGAGAUGGACGACAAGCGGAUGUGGUACGAGCAGUUGCAGGACAAACUUACCCAGAUAAAAGACUCGAGAGCAGCGCUUGACCAGUUGCGUCAGGAGCACGUGGAGAAAUUGCGUCGUAUUGCCGAGGAGCAGGAGCGCCAACGACAAAUGCAGAUGGCCCAGAAACUGGAGCUUAUGCGUCAGAAAAAGCAAGAAUAUUUGCAAUACCAGCGGCAGUUGGCUCUAAAACGCAUUCAGGAGCAGGAGCGUGAGAUGCAACUGCGACAGGAGCAACAGAAGGCUCAGUAUUUGAUGGGCCAGGCUGCACCCCCAUUCCCCUACUUACCGCCAUCGUCUGUGCCUCAGCAUGGAUCACCUUCCCAUCAACUAAACAAUGUUUACAAUCCUUAUGCUGCUUGUAUUCCAGGAUACCCAGGAGGUGGCCCCGGGCCGGCUCCCGCGCUGAAUGGUCAUGGACAAUUUCAAGGUAUCCCACCCGGCAUGUACAAUCCGGCCAUGCCUCAACAAAUACCACCAAAUCUUCAACAGCCUGGUGGAUUGAUCCAGCAGCCGCCGGCCCAGCCGGGUAAUGGUCAAAUGGUGCCGACCAUGCCAGAAAAUCAAUUUACCAAUAAUCCAGCGAUCCUGCAGCAGGCACCAGGUCAGCCGGCGCAACAUCAGCUACCGGUUCAACAGCCUCAGGCUCAUCCGGUGCAACCACAGGCAAUCCCGGGUCAACCGCAGCCAAUCCCUGGGCAGCCCCAACAGCAACAUCAGCCAGUUCCAGUUCAACAGCAACCACAGCCACAAUUAUCUCACGUAAUGUUGCAGCAGCAACAGCUACCCCAAUCCCAUCCGCCUCUCGCAAAUCAGCCUGCUCUCCCUGUACAGGCACCACCACCAGUAACCGAAGUAGCCAACUCUCAAGUUUUAGCAGUGGCAGCUGCCCCACCACCUCCACAAAACGAGCCAGAUCCGGCUCCACAAAAAUCUGGCGAACCAGCCACAGCCGAAUUGAUUAGUUUUGACUGAGCCAGAAUAUGUUAUUUCGUUUUGAGUCGCUUGUAACAGUUCUUGUAUGGAUUACAUGCCUAAAAAAUGUGUAUGGGUUCACUUUUCCAAUUAAAAGCGAGCCACAGUGGUUAGAUAAAUGCCAAAAUUGUUUAGUUUAUUGCGGUUAUUAGUUACUAUUUGAAAGGUUUUAGUUCAAAGAACACGAGAUGUCCAAUUUUUAGUUAAAUGAAAAAUUUUGAGAAACGGAUAGCAGCUUUAAGAGGCUGCGUUAGUCCUAUACAACAUCUGUUACUGGCGAAAAGGACUCAUCAUAUUUUAACCAAGUCAUGUUAUCCACAAUAAACUUAUACUUUAUAUUUAAGA